AUGAUUUUUAAGGCCUGCCUUUUCUUUGUAGAUAUUGAAGACUUGCCCCCAACAGUCCAAGAAAAAUUAUUUGAUGAGGUACUUGAUAGAGAUGUUCAAAAAGAAUUAGAAGAAGAAUCUCCAAUUAUUAACUGGUCCUUGGAAUUGGCUACACGUUUGGACAGUCGACUGUAUGCACUUUGGAACCGGACUGCAGGAGACUGCUUGCUUGAUUCUGUACUACAAGCUACUUGGGGCAUUUAUGACAAGGACUCAGUGCUUCGGAAAGCCCUGCAUGAUAGCCUUCAUGACUGUUCACAUUGGUUUUACACACGCUGGAAAGAUUGGGAAUCCUGGUAUUCUCAGAGCUUUGGUUUACAUUUUUCCUUGAGAGAAGAGCAGUGGCAAGAAGACUGGGCAUUUAUACUCUCUCUUGCUAGUCAGCCUGGAGCAAGUUUGGAACAGACACACAUUUUUGUACUUGCACAUAUUCUUAGACGACCAAUUAUAGUUUAUGGAGUAAAAUAUUAUAAGAGUUUCCGGGGAGAAACUUUAGGAUAUACUCGGUUUCAAGGUGUUUAUUUGCCUUUGUUGUGGGAACAGAGUUUUUGUUGGAAAAGUCCAAUUGCUCUGGGCUAUACAAGGGGCCACUUCUCUGCUUUGGUUGCCAUGGAAAAUGAUGGUUAUGGCAACCGAGGUGCUGGUGCUAACCUGAACACCGAUGACGACGUCACCAUCACGUUUUUGCCUCUGGUUGACAGUGAGAGGAAGUUACUUCAUGUGCACUUUCUUUCUGCCCAGGAGAAAAGCUCUCGGCGGCGAAAUCACCCCCUGGUCACGCAAAUGGUAGAAAAAUGGCUUGACCGCUACCGUCAGAUCCGGCCUUGUACAUCCCUGUCUGAUGGAGAGGAAGAUGAGGAUGAUGAAGAUGAAUGAAAAAAAUCAGUAUCAGAAGACCAAGGCAUUGGAUCUGUGAUGACCCCAAAGUGUGGUGCUCCAAGCAGAGCGUGCAGCAUGGAAUGAACCCAGUCUGGCCGUAUCUGCUCGGAGUGUUUGCCUGAUCCACACCCAGUGGAGACAGUGCAUCUGAUGCAUGAGGAGACAGAGAACUUUGGUUGGACUACAGUUUGUAAAAAACUAAUUUUAUUAAGACAGAACUUUUUUCCUUUCAAAUUGUAAAUCUGUCUAUAAAUGUAACGCAUGUGGUUGUGUAAGAAACUGUGUAAUAGGAAGUUGUACCAGCAUCUUCAUAUUAUUGAGAAAUUUUUUUCCAGCAUGGGCUCUUAAAAAAAGCACAUGGCAGGUGGUUCUUUGUUCCUUUGAGAUAUUCUUUUUUCAGUAGAACCUGGUAUUCUACUUUCACCUUAAAAGAUCGAUUUAACAUUAAGUCUCAAAUCUGGAAACUUUUUUGUAGAAAUUAAUCCACAGCAAAACAUAAAAAUAAAUUAGCUUAAUAAUUUAGUUCCUGUUGUGCCCAAUCAAAUCAAAUAUUUUAGGAACAAAACUGCAAGAAAAGCUAAGAAUUUUUUAUUGGGUGAACUUCAUAUAGACAUUGUUUCCUUGUUUUGAAAAGGGUUUUGGUUUCUAUUAUUUUGUCUUUUUAAAGUUUUCUGAUAUGCCCCUUUUCAAUAUUUAGGUAUUUGUUUGGAAGAGUGCCCUAAAAUGAGGGUUCUUACUCGAGACUCUGGCAGUGGUCUGUUUGUGAGUAUUACUCCCUGGGGAAGGGAGCAGACCCACUUGUCACUAAAUGGAUUGUGUGAAAUUUGCUCAGUUGGACUCCACUGACAAUGUUCUACCCCCAAAUUGCCAUGCAGAGGGUCUUUGGAUUUUUUCUGUCUUUUAUCAUAACCCCUGCUCUAAGCAGAUCUUGUUAGAAGGGCAUGCCUUUGCUUAGGGAGAUUGGGAAUACCAGUUUAGUACAGAAUAAAGAUUUAAGAAAUGCAAUAAGGUGGUAAAUGCAUUAUAUGAUGAAUUUCUCAGUGUGUAGCCUGAGAAUUUUUGCAUGUUGGUUAAUUGUGGCCAUUCUUAUUUAAAGUUAAAACUAUAAUCUUACGUAGAAAUUUUUUUUUAUAAAAAGUAAUUUGACCACUUCAGGUAUACAUUCAAUACUGGGUAAAAAUUUCAGACCUAUCUCAGGAACACAGAAAGACUUAGUGUCCUGAUAAGCACUUUCUUAACUAUUGAUAUGGCAAGGAAUUUGGAAAGAAGCCCAAUAUAUAUAGACACACACAAACAUAUAUUUUUCCUUCCCUGUGAUGAAAAGGCUGUGAAAACCUUUUAAGUAUUUGCUUCUUGUUUUCUGUUUAGUUGUUACUGAAAUGUGCAUAACCUCAAAUUUGAUGCCAGAAUACUAAAAAUAGAAAAAUACCCA